CACAAGAACCAUUCAGUAUUAGGUUAAAAAUCGUCGCGGUAAUAACCGCGCUGGAAUCAAAUUAAUAUAUACGAAUCGUACAUCGCAAUAUACCUCCGCCGAUAAAUGAAAGAUUUGUUUACUUGGAAAUUGAAAUUCUAAACAGACGUGCCGAAAGAAUUAAUUUCGAUAAAAGAUGUUGUUCCUCAUCAUCAGCGCUGUGGCGCUUUUUCUUUUCUACAAAUACCUAUCCAAGGACCAUGAUUUCUUCAAAAAGUCGGGAUUGAAGGCAAUGAAUCCAUUUUUGCUAUUGGGAAACACCGGAUCGUUGCUGAUGAAACGACUUUCUAUGGGAAACAGUAUACUGUUCAUGUACAAUGCAUUUCCUAAUGAAAAAAUCAAUGGAUUUUUCGAUUUCCUAUCGCCAGUCUACAUGAUCCGCGAUCCAGAACUCAUCAAGAAACUGGCAAUCAAGGAAUUCGAUCACUUUCAAGAUCACAAGUCUGUAAUCGGAGGCGAUGUUGACCCAAUGAUGGGCAGUACCUUGAUUUCAUUGAGAGGCCAAAGAUGGAAGUCAAUGCGAUCGACACUGUCCCCUGCAUUCACCGGCAAGAAGAUGAGACUCAUGUUCGAAUUAAUUGAUGAGUGUAGCGGACAAGUGGUUGACCACUUUCUAAAGAGAAAUUCGUCCGAAGAAGGAACUCAUGCCGUUGACAUGAAAGAUGUGUUUUCCCGAUUUACAAACGAUGUUGUUGCCACUUGUGCCUUCGGUAUCAAAGUUGAUUCGCUGGAAAACAAGGACAACGAAUUUUUCCGAAUGGGAAAGGAAGUGAUGAAUGGCUCGAAAUUGAAGGGAUUUUUUAAAUUCUUUCUGUUUCGAACGUUUCCGCGUUUGGCAGCCAGAUUAAAUGUCCGAUUUUUGAGUGACACGUUGACAACAUUCUUCAAAUCGUUAAUUAUCGACACAAUGGUCGAGCGGGAGAAUAAACACAUUUUCCGUCCCGAUAUGAUUAACAUUUUGAUGCAAGUACGGAAAGGGAAUUUGACAAGAGACGACCAGGACGGACAAACUGACUCGAACGAUGGAUUCGCCACUGUUGAAGAAUUCAGCAGUAAAGCCGAUUCCAAAAACGAAUGGUCCGACGAUGAAUUGGUCGCCCAGUGUUUGUUAUUCUUUUUGGCUGGCUUCGACACUAGUUCAACGUUGCUUUCUUUCCUCGCUAACGAACUGGCAUUGAAUCCGGAUGUACAGGAAAAAUUGUGCCGUGAAAUUGAUGAGACGGUUCAGUGCAUGAAAGACGAAAAGCUCACCUACGAAUUACUAAAUUCAUUGAAAUAUCUCGACCAAGUCAUUUCGGAAUGUCUGCGUAGAUGGCCACCAGCUCUGUUGACCGAUCGUGUUUGCAACAAAGAAAUUACUUUUAUUGUCGACGGUCAGACGGUAACUAUGAAGGCUGGCCAGCAAUUCUGGAUUCCCAUCUAUGGUCUUCACAUGGACCCGAAAUAUUUUCCCGAACCGAAAAAGUUCGAUCCUGAGAGAUAUAGCGACGAAAAUGCAUCGAAAAUCGUUAACGGCUCCUAUAUCCCAUUUGGUAUCGGGCCUCGCAAUUGCAUAGGGUCCCGGUUCGCCUUGCUACAGAUCAAAGCCGUUGCUUUCCAUCUGUUGAAGCACUUUACGUUCGAAGUUUGUGAGAAAACUGCAUUGCCGCUGGAAAUGGGAAAAUUGUCGUUAGUUCCUGAAAAGGGGAUCCAUUUGGAAUUCAAAAAAAGAGUAAAAGCUUAGAACCGCUUGACGCUGCUUAGCAAUGUGAAUGGAUAUGACUUUAUUGUAAACUUUUAUUUUGAUGUCUUACACAACAGGUAAUAAAAUUCGCUUGAACCAUUUA